ACAAAAGUUGACGAAUUGCUAACAAUAUAUACAUUGAAUGAGACGUUGACUAUACAUGUGUUGCACUGUAUUAUUGCCGGCACUCUCUGUCUCUCAUCUCUUAAAAUACAAUCCAUUUGUGGUUCAAAUCUAAUCAUCAAUUGAUUGAUUGAAAGUGAAAUCUAAUGAACCGAUCGGUGAAGGAUCUGGACAUUAGUGGUUCCCAAUCGGCCAUCAAAAUGAAGAGCGACGUCGAGCGUUCAUUACGUGGUCUUAAUUUCGGGAGACUUUACCUCAAGAAUAACGAAUACGAAAACGCUUUGAAAUCAGUGAACGCGUAUCUGAAUGUAAAGCCCAACUCUAGUGAUGGACACAAACUAAUGGCACAGAUAUAUGAAGCGAUGGGAGACGACGAGAGGGCUGUCAUUAACUACAGGAAAGCUUUGGACUUUAAGAAAGGGACGAAUGAGAACUACUUAUCGUAUAAUCAAAUGACUGCCAAUAAUGUGAUGUCAUCAUCGAUGAUGAGUGACAGCAACAGUAUUACACCAACCAAUUGGAGUCCAUCUGUGAAGUCGACGCCCGAACGCAAUAAGUACUCUGAAAGUGGUUCCGACGCUAACGAUCAUUCUUGUGGAAUAUGUAGUAAUCAAACCAUUUUAGACAAAAUGUCUGCACAACAGGAAUCGCUUAUCGCUACUAAUAAAGUGCUUUUAGAUAUCUUAAGACAAAACACAUCUAAUAUUAAAGACAUUCAGAAUCAAUUGACGGGAAUAAAUGAUAGCAUAAAUACAUUAACUGAUUCCCAGACUUCGUUGAAAGAGACUAUUUAUGAAUAUAUGACUCAAGAGGAAGAAGAAGACGAACAGCAAGAUUUUGAUGAUUACAUCUCAGAGAAUGAAGCGAUAUUGACGCCCAAUACCAGUCAAUUAAGUCAAUGGCAAAGCCCUCCCAUUCAAUUGAACCCCAAAUUAGAUCAAACUAAACCACUAUCGGAACUCUUUAAACCGGCGGCUAACUCAUGGCAGUGUGAUGUCUGUUAUGUCAAUAACAAUGGUUCAGUCGAUAUUUGUGCCGCUUGUGAGACACCAAAACCUGGAUCCGCACCCAAACAGACAUCAUCUGAACAAAAGAGUAAUUUAUUUAGUGCUGAGAAUUUGAAUGCCAUCUCUUUCAACCCGUCGUCCACUUCGAGCACCACUUCAUUUAAAUUCGGUGCGUUUGACGCAAAUUCCGCUUUGAAUUCCACUACAAUCUUCAGUAACACGGGCUUCAAGUUUGGCAACACUUCCAGCCCUCAACCGCUGCCCGCUUUGAGUUUAAGUAAUUCUGACUUUAGUUUUCAACCAAAUAAACCACUCGAAGAGAAAAGUGCCUCAAAUAUCUUCGCUAAUAAUGCGGUCGACAAUCCAAAGCCGUUUAGCUUCGGUUUGAGUCCGAAGUUUAGUUUCGAUUUAAACAAUGUCUCCAAACCAGAGGCGCCUAAAAUUGACGCCCAAAGCAAUGUUGUGAAUGAGACCGAAGAACCGGAAAACACGAGUUUCAACGAAUCGGUGGAGCCUUCGAAUGCGGACAGCAUUUACUUUCAGCCCGUAAUACCUCUUCCGCCCAAAGUUGAGGUGAAAACAGGCGAAGAGGAGGAAACAGUGCUUCACGUGAGUCGCGCCAGACUUUUCCGGUUUUGUGAUAAUGAGUGGAAAGAGCGCGGAGUCGGAGAUCUGAAAAUACUUGAGAGUCAAGACUCGAAGCGAAUUAGAUUUCUUAUGAGACGCGACACUAUUUUGAAAGUAUGUCUCAAUCAGUAUAUCACCAAAGAAUUGAAACUGGAUUUGAAAGACGAUAAGAAAUCGAUGACUUGGUCUGGCAUUGAUUACAGCGAUGAGACGCCAACUCCACAGCUAUUUUUGUUACGCGUAAAGAAUGCCGAAAACGCGGAACUAUUUCUUAACGCCUUCCGAAGCGCACAAUCGAGACUUGAAGUGAGCGAUAAAUCUGCUAUCGAUUCCAGUCCUGUGGGACACAAAAGCCAAUUGAAUGGCGAUCUCAGCGAAAAAGAGAGACAAUUGGUAUUAAGUCCGUCAAAGUUUGAAUCAAAACCACAAUCAGAUGAAGAGAUUGAGAUUCUUUGGGUUAAAUCUCCUCAAUCUGAAGAGAUUCUCAACAAAGUUAAAGAAUUAAAACUUCCGCUCAAUUUCUACGACUACGAGACUAUGGAUGCGUGUAAAGGAUGUCGUGGCUGUCAUGACGAAGACUACUCCUUUCAAUCUGAUUCUAAGCCAACCAUUACUGACCAUUCAACCGAUGAGAACUCAACCUCAGAGAGUUUAUUCGCGUCAGCGAUCAGUCAGGCGAAUGUCAGCCAAACUGAUUGGUUAAGCAAUAGUAGUCCGAAGUCAUGGAUAACUAAAACUCCAGCGCCUCUAUUCAGUGAACAUAAGAACACUGGCGAUGACGACGGUAUGACUCCUGUAUUUGAAAUCGCACAAUCGAGACUUGAAGUGAGCGAUAAAUCUGCUAUCGAUUCCAGUCCUGUGGGACACAAAAGCCAAUUGAAUGGCGAUCUCAGCGAAAAAGAGAGACAAUCGGUAUUAAGUCCGUCAAAGUUUGAAUCAAAACCACAAUCAGAUGAAGAGAUUGAGAUUCUUUGGGUUAAAUCUCCUCAAUCUGAAGAGAUUCUCAACAAAGUUAAAGAAUUGAAACUUCCGCUCAAUUUCUACGACUACGAGACUAUGGAUGCGUGUAAAGGAUGUCGUGGCUGUCAUGACGAAGACUACUCCUUUCAAUCUGAUUCUAAGCCAACCAUUACUGACAAUUCAACCGAUGAGAACUCAACCUCAGAGAGUUUAUUCGCGUCAGCGAUCAGUCAGGCGAAUGUCAGCCAAACUGAUUGGUUAAGCAAUAGUAGCCCGAAGUCAUGGAUAACUAAAACUCCGGCGCCUCUAUUCAGUGAACACAAUAACACUGGCGAUGACGACGAUUCUGUGGCCGCGAAUCCUGACAUAUACUUUAAGCCAAUCAUUCCUUUGCCUGAAUUGAUUGAAGUGCAGACCGGAGAGGAAGAUGAAGAGCCCAUAUACUGUCAAAGGGCUAAACUCUAUCGCUUUGACCCUAAUCUCAAAGAGUGGAAAGAGCGAGGAAUCGGAGACUUUAAAAUUUUGAAACACAAGUCUAAAAUUCGGUAUCGAAUGAUUUUACGAAGAGAACAGAUCUUAAAGAUUGCAUGUAAUCAUUAUAUAACACCAGAAAUAACAUUGAAUCCAAUGAAUACAAGUGAAACCAGUGUUUGUUGGAAUGCCGUCGACUUUACCGAUGGAAGUCCUGUUAGCGAACAGUUUGCGCUCAAACUUAAAAACAAAGAUUUACUCAAAGAUUUCGUUAAAUUGUUUGAAGAAUGUAAGAGUAGUUUAGAAAGCAGUGAAGUCUAUAACUCAGACAAUGAGGAGAAGAGUGGCGGCGAUGAGGACACCGACGCCGAAGAAGAUCAACAAAAUUAAUUUUAUAUUACAGUUAUAGGCC